AUGAUAAAAGAAGUGGAGCUGGCUCCCCUGCUAUUUUUCUGUCUUGCUCACCACUUUCCACCAAUUACAUUGGCCGAAUCCCGUUGUCAUUCCGUUGUCAUCGGUCGCCACUUUAAAAAUCCCGUUGUCAUUCCGUUGUCAUCGGUCGCCACAUCAAAAAUCCCGUUGUCAUUCCGUUGUCAUCGGUCGCCACUUCAAAAAUCCCGUUGUCAUUCCGUUGUCAUCGAUCGCCACUUGAAAAAGUUUGUGGAAAUCACACUGUUUUUGCCCAAUAAAAACGCCAAUGGCGCCGGAAGCACCAUUUCUCCGAGCACUCCUGCUGAACACAGCUCAAGUAGAUAUAACGCAACAGAUGACAAGACAAAUUUACUUUUGCGGCAGUGUGGUGCCCAUGAUGAUGAUAAUGUGGUGGUGAUUUGA